CCACUCUAAUCCAAAAUGGCCGCGCUCAUUGAUGUGCUGAGCGGCAUGCACAUGCACUAAACUGCGUGAACUUCAGUUAAGCGAGUCACAUAAGUCGCUGCUCUUGAAAGACACCGUGUAAAUUCAUUUAACGAACGAGAAUUUCUGCGAUCAUGGGGUCUCUAGGAAGAAGCGCGUCUACCUUUAUUACGAUCUGUACUCACGUUCGGCCGGGAGUCUCCGUCCAAUCGGUGCGAUUUCGUCGAAAGGGUUUUGUAAGAACGGCCCAGAAAGUCAUAUAUCCGACUUCGAAAACAGAAGAUACGAGUAAACCGGCGAGCGACCCUAUUUGUGUGCCACGAUACGUCAAGUUAGGCAGUGAUGACGAUGAAUUCGCGAACACCAUGAUGCAGCUGAAGAUGAAGCGCAGGAGGGAGAAGCUAAACAAGGUCCUCCUGGAAGGAAAGAGAUUAAUCGCUGAUGCGCUGAAGGCGGGCGUUGAAUGCGAAAGCAUUUACUUCACACUUCCGGAAAACAUAGAAGGACUGCCCUUGGAAACUCUAAGGGAAGACCAGAUAAAGAAGGUGUUUUACAAGAAGAUGAAAAUUUGGUCCGACAUGACAACAUGCCCUGGAAUAAUGGGUGUGUUCAAAAAGCCGUCCGCGGACCAAAUCGAGAUUCAAAGAACAGGAGAUACCAUCCCUGUCAGCGUGAUUUUGGACAAUGUUAGAGAUCCUGGAAACAUGGGAACACUGAUCCGAACUGCUGCAGCUGCGGGAUGCAGCCAGUUGUUGCUUUCAAAAGGCUGCGUGGACCCAUGGGAGUUGAAAGUGGUACGUGCUGGCGCUGGAUCACAUUUUCGAAUACCAAUAUACAGCGGCAUAGCUUGGGAACACAUGCCGAGCUACGUGACCCCCGAGACACCGGUUUACCUAGCGGACCACCGCAGUGUUGAACCUGUUGGGGCACGCCGACUGUCUACAGACAGUGACACCGAACUGAAUGAAGAAGCCUCCGACAGCGAAGAGGAGGAAGAUGAUGACGAGGAGUCUAGGUACAGGAUUCAGACUGCGGACGGACGGAGGCUGACAGUGGAUAAGUCGUAUCGAGACAUGGACGAGCUGGAAGAUUGCAGGGACAUCGGUGUGCCCCAUUACGAGUACACCUCUGCGAGGUACGCCAACGUGCCGAGCGUUCUCGUGGUGGGAGGAGAAACACAGGGACUCAGCCUCCAGGCUCACAAGCUGGCUGUGGAAUGUGUUGGUGCGAGAGUGCAUGUGCCAGCGAACAACGGUGUCGAUAGCCUGAACACUGCGAUUGCAGCCUCGAUCAUUCUGUACGAGAUGCGGAGACAAAUGCUGUUUUCGUCAUCUGGCUCCAACAAUAAUAGCAAGGAGGAAGAAAUGAACAGUAGCCGAAGUGCACACGGACAUCUGUAAAUCUCAUAUUUGUUGUAGUGGUUGCAUAUGCCAUUGCUCGAGCAAAAUCAUUGACUUUUGUAGUUACAUUGUGAACAGCCUUUUCUCACUAUCAAAGCAAAGCCAGGGAACUGAGAUGUUUCUGCUGAGAACAUUCAUUUAUUUCAUUUAAAAGUGUGCAUUAUUUUUAUUUUUCAAUGAUGGCGGCAAUAUCCUCGUGUCGGUAGGGAUUUUGUACAUAGUAGUUAGUUUGUGCUCAAGUUUUAGUACAAGCAUCAUUGUUGCACAUUGUACGCAUCAGUGACACUGCUUUUUUUUUUUUUUUUUUUGCAGGCUUGUUAGUGCAGCAAUUCAUGUGUAGAAACCCCACCCCUCAAAUUAUUGGAUGUAAUUUAGUAAAUCUCAAUUGUCUUGCUGACAUCAGCAGGAUGUAAUGAUCAUGCUCUUUUAACAAAUAUUGUAUAUAGCGAAUGUAUUUUCAUGCUGGAUGCAACUUUGCUGUAACUAUGGCUCAGCAUAUUAUUUUACCAAAAUUCAGCAUAUAUAUUUUUUUCACUUGGAAAUUGGGUUAUUUUUCAGUGAAUAUAGUUCUCUAAAUUAACUUUAACUAGCUACAUUCGAUGGACAUUUUGCAUCAAGCUUACCAUUUUUUUAAAAUCUGGUUUCGUCAGUUUUGUUGACGCUGCAAUGUGCCGCAUGGCUGCGCAUCCUGUUCUACAGCACUGAUUGGAUCCAAUAUACAGAACAACAAAACCACAUGGUAAUAUGAAAGUAUGCAGGAAUCAAGACAAUGAAUUUGAUAUUUGAGCACAAAUACAACAAGGCCUCCUAUCAAUCAUUAUUACUUGGGCAGCAGGCUGAAACAUCAGAAAUUACCUGGCCAGGCUUCUUCAAUCGGAGCUCCUGUAAGUUUGCAGCUGAAGCCAACUGCACUUUUAGCUCUUAGGCAGAUUUGCUUUCGCUGACCUUUCUCGGUUAAACCCGAAUUGUGGUAAAAACAAAUCAGCAAUGAACCAAAAAAUGAUGAACCCUAGUUGUAGAAAGGUUCAGCUGUAUAAUGAUAAAUGCAGCAGCUACCUUUGUUCCUAGGCCCCGGUGGUGCCCCUAAUGAAUAGGGAAACAUCUGGUGCUAUAGAAGCUGUAUACAUUGUGCCGUGUCCUAUGCAAGCACUGAAACACUGCUGUGUCACAACACAUAGCAGAUAUGAUACCUACUUCCCAAAGCAAUGGCAUUCUUUUUUUUAGUACAGCAUCACCAUUAUGAAAUGGCAUGCAUGAACUUCCUUUUCAACAAUGGCAUUGGCCAUUGUUGUCAGUGCUACUACACCCAAUAAAAUUCAUGGCAUGUGAAA